AUGAAGCGGCAGCUGUGCUUGCUGCUCGCCAUCGUCCUGGCGCUUGCGCAGCCGCGGCCCAAUCACGACCAGAGUUGCGCUGAGGUGCAGGUGGCGGCCGCGCAAGAGGUAUCUGCAGCGGCGGGAGGGAGUGGCAGCGAGCCUGCUUCCGCCGCUGCCGCCAGCGUCUGUGUUGACACCAGCGCAGCAGCCAAUACCACGGAUGCCAAUGGCACACACAGCUCGAGGGCCGGCCCAGACGUGGCCGCCGCUCUGGCGGCGCUGCAGGAGGCGGUUGGCUCGGCCGCCGCCGACCACAAGCUUGUGGGAGCCGCCGACGCGCUGACGGCGGCGUGCACGGCGAGCGGCGCCGCGCUGGCGCCCUCGACGGCGACUGCCGCGCUGGAGGCUGUGGCCCUGGCAGCCUCCAUAGCGGUCGCCCCCGUCUUCCGCGGCGCCCUGAUCCUGGAGCGGGGCCGGCUGCUGGAGCAGCUGGGGCGGCCGCAGGCGGCGCAGGCGGCGGUGGAGGCGGCGGUGGCGCUCUUGCGCCGCCAGCCGCUGCCCGCUGGCGGCGCCCAGCUGCCGGCAGAUGCGCACGUGCAGGGCCUGCAGCGCUGGGUGGCGGCGCGGCUGCUGAGGGCUGCACGAGUGCUGCACGGGCUGGGGCAGGAGGCCGCGGUGCACGAGCUGCUGGAACCACUGCCCGCAGCAGCGGCGGUCCUCUCCGACCCAGCCACCUAUGUUUCCGCCCUGGGCCAGCUCAGCAACCUGACAGAUGACCAGGUGGCCGAGCUGCAGCUGUGCGCCGGCAUGCUGGAUGGCCGGCAGCCGCCGCCUGCAGAGCAGCAGCAGGAGGAGGCGCAGGCCCGCCCCGCACCCUGCCCUUGGCUGCGCGGCUUCAACCGCACCCGCGCCUUCCCGCUCUACUAUGCCCUGCACAGAGGCCUGCACGCCCGCAAGCGGUACGGCGAGGCCUGGGCGGCGCUGGCAGCUGCCAAGCAGCUGCACGGCCCGGGGCCCCAGUACCGGCCCGACGACUAUGCUGCUGAGCUGCGGCAACUGCGCAGCGCCUUCCCGGCUGCGGCGCAGGGCCAGGCCGGGGCGGGUAGCCAGGCGGGACGGGCGCUCAGAGGCGUGGCCGACCUGGCCGGACGGCUUGGCCUGCUGCGCCUGCAGCAGUGGAUCGGAAACGAGCCAGCCGCAGCGGCAGCAGGCGCAGAGGUGGCCCCCGCCAGCAAGGGUUCUGUGAGCGCCGAGCGGCUGCAGGAGCUGCGGCGGCAGUAUGGGCGGAGUGCGCUGGGCAUGCUGCCGCCCGGCUCCGCCGCCGGCAACGCCACCUGGCUCGUGGACAAGGCGAGCUCCCUGGCCAGCCCCUGGCAGCUAGGCUACGCCGCCGCGCUGCUCCCAGAUGCCUGCAUCCUGCACGCGGUGCGCCACCCGGCAGACACUGCCCUGUCGGCCUUCCAGCAGGCCUCCCGCCCCGCCGCGGUACCGUGGUCCUUCAACCUGACGCACCUGGCAGGCCACGUGGGCGCCCACCACGCCGCCAUGGCGCACUGGGACCGCGCCCUGCCCGGCCGCAUCCUGCAUGUGCAUUACUCGCACAUGGUGGCGGAUAUGGAGGGCACCGCCCGCCGCAUGCUGAGCCACUGCGGGCUGGGCUGGCACCCCGCCAUGCCGCGCCCCGAUGGUACCGCCGGCGCUGCCGACCACAACGCCAGCCAGGCGCGGCGGCCCGCCUACCCACCUGCCAAGUGGGUGCCUUACAGCGAAGGCCUGGCGCCGCUGCUGCUCCAGUUGAGGGAUGUUAUCCUGGCCUAUGAAGAGCAGGCCGGCCUGCCCUCCUCACAGCAGCUGCUCGACAGCCUGCAGCCUGAGGAGGGGCAGCCGGAAGGGCAGGAGGGGACGCAGCAUGAGCAGGAGCAGGAGGACGGGGCAGAGCCCCAGCAAGCCUCACCAGCCGGCCAACCGCCGCAGCAGCUGGAGGCGCCGGCAGCGGAGGCGAACGAGGCGGCCAGCAAUGCCAGUGCGGUGGAUGCGCCCCAAGCUACAGCAGCAGAGGCGGCGGCAGAGCAGGUGGCAGCGCCGGCUGGCUCCCAACAGCCGCCCAACCAGACUGCACAGCCUGACGGCAGUACUGCUGCAGCAAGUGGGAAAGGGGAGGGGCCUAAGGAAGGCCAGGUGGCAGCGGAGGAAGGGGCUCGGCAGGAGCCGCCAGCGCCUUCAACCACACCCGAGCAACCUGCCACGCCAGAGCAGCCUUUGGCUGCCCCUCAGCAGCUGGCGCAGGGGCCCGGAGCUUCCGCCGAGCAGGCGCUGGCCGAGCAGCAGCGUGCGGCUGAGCUGGCGCGGCUGGAAGAGCUGGAGCGGCUGGUUAAAGAGAUGGAGGCAAAGCUGCGGCAGGCGGAGCAGAAGGCGCCGGCUCUCGAGCCGCAGGCGGCUCCGCGGCAGCAGGAGGCGGCCGAGACAGCCGCCGGGGAGACAGCGGCCGCCGCCGUGGCCGCCCGGGAGCUCGAGGCACAGCAGGCUGCAGCCAGGGCGCGGGAGGAGCGGGAGGCAGCAGUCGGGGAAGCUGCUGCGGCUGUUGCGGCAGCCCACGAGGCUGCCGCGAGGCAUGCGCAGGAGGAGGCGGCUGCAAGGGAAGCAGCCGCUGCUGCUGCGGCGGCCCGAGAAGCAGCAGCAGCGGCCCUAGAGGCAGCCGCGGCGCGCCAACAGGAGGAGGAGAAAAGGCUUGCGCAGCAGGCGGCAGCUGCGCAGGAGGCAGAGGCGAAGCGUGUGCAAGAGGAGGCGGCUGCGAGGGCAGCAGCGGCGGCUCAAGAAGCAGCGGCGAAGCGUGCACAGGAGGAGGCGGCUGCGAGGGAAGCAGCGGCGGCUCGAGAGGCAGAGGCGAGACGUGCCCAGGAGGAGGCUGCCAAGGAAGCAGCUGCGGCAGCGGUAGCGGCCAAAGAGGCAGAAGCGAGGCGUGUGCGAGAGGAGGCUGCGGCAAAGGAAGCGGCUGCGGCAGUGGCCGCGGCCAAAGAGGCAGAAGCGAGGCGUUCUCAGGAGGAGGCCGCGAGGCGUGCCCAGGAGGAGGCGGCUGCCAGAGAAGCAGCUGCUGCGCAAGCGGCAGAGGCGAAGCGUGCCCAGCAAGAGGCAGCUGCGGCAGCAGCAGCUGCUCAGCAGGCCGCAGAGAGGCGCGCGCAAGAGGAGGCAGCUGCCAGGGAGGCAGCUGCCGCAGCGGCUGCAGCGGCUGCAGCCAGGGAGGCAGAAACGAGGCGUGCUCAGGAGGAGGAGGCCAAGCGUGCGGAGGAGGCGGAGGCGAGGCGUGCCGAGGAGGCGGCGGCGAGGCGUGCCGAGGAGGAGGCUGCGGCAACCAAAGCCGCUGCGGCAGCGGCCGCUGCUCAGCAGGAGGCGACGAAGCGUGUGCAAGAGGAGACUGCCGCGAAGGAGGCGGCAGCCCAAGCCGCCGCCGCCGCGGAAGCCGUGGCCGCCGCCGCGGCGGGGCAGCAUGCCGCAGGGGCAGCGGCGGCGCAGCAACAGCAGGAGAUGGCCGGCGCGGCGGUGCCAAGAGACCAACAUGAGCAGCAGCAGGCCGGCAGCAUGCCUCCCGAGCAGCCCGCAGUGCCAGCCGCCACCCCCGCGCCUGAGGCGCCCCCUCAGGGCGACACGCCUCAGCAGCAACUGGAGGAGCAGCAGCAGCAGCAGGAGCAGGAGGAGGAGCAGCGGCGGCGGCACCACGAGCAGGAGCGGCACCGCGUGCUGGAGGAGCAGCAGCAGCGGCUGCAGGCGCUGCGCCAGAAGCAGCAGCGGCUGGCGGAGGCGGCGGCCGCCAGGCAGCAGCUGGUGGCGGCGGAGGCGGCUCGCAUACGGCAGGCGGCGGCCGAGCAGCAGCAGCAGCAGCAGCAGCAGGCCUCUGAAGCAGCGCACGGCGCUGCCGACCCAGUUGUACCCGCCUCCGCUGGCGUGCUGCCGGCGCCGGACCUGCAGGCGCCACCCACCCAGCCGCCUCAUCCCGCACAGGCGGAGCCACAAAAGCAGGCGGCGCAGGAGCAGGCUGCGGGCCAGCCAGCCCCGGGCCCAGCCCCAGCGCCGGUGCCCCAGCCUGCCCACGCAUCGCAGCAGGCACAGCAGAAACAGCCACCGCAGCAGGCUCAGCAGGCCCAGCCGCCGCAGCAGCAGCACGCAGCCGAGGUGCAGGCCAGCCCCGGCGGCCUGCCGCUCCCUCAGGCCGAUCCAGCGCUGCAGGCGCCGGCGCCACAGCAGGCACAGCACGCGCCCUCGCACCACGCGCCGCCGCCACAGCCGGCUGCGCAACAGCAGGAGGGGGCACCUGGGCCCCCGGGGGUGCAGCCUGCUGGCGCGCCCACCCCGCACGCGCCCACCCCGCAAGCGCCCACCCCGCACGCCACCCAGCGGCAGCAGCAGCAGCCUGUCCCGCAGCAGGCAGCUGUGCCCCCCAGUGGUGCUCCCGAGCUCCCAAAGCCGGCUCCCGAUCGGGUGCCUGCACCUCAGCAGGCACACCAGGCACACCAGGCACACCAGCAGGCACCUGCCCCGCACUCUGGUUCCCCCGCGCCAGCCGGAGAGCACCAGCAGCAGCCUCCUCCCCAUCAGAGCGGCGACAGCACCCGCCCGGCAGCUGUGCCGCCGCCCACCGGCGACGCCGGGCUGCCCAGGCCCGCGGGAGAGCAGGCGGCGGCGGCGGCGCAGCCCCAGCCAGCCCACGCUGAGCGGCACCACUCGUCUAUGGGCCGCAAGGCGGGCGGCAUGGAGCAGGCUGGGGAGGGGCAGCACCCCCAGACGUGCACGGCGGAGCAGGCCGCCGCGGGCACCUGCGUGGCACCUCAGUGA